AUGGAGAAUGCCAUGGACAAAUUGAGAGAAGGAAUUGUCAAAAUGUCCAAUAGUGCACCAAAUGCGCCAUUAUCAGAGACUCAAAAUUUGAUUCUUCAAGAGCACCUUCAUCAUUAUCUGUCUGGUCUUCAGACUACUCCUGAUCAUCCUCCUUAUACUUGGAUGAUUGAAAAGGCAUUGGAAGAAUUGAACGAAGAAGGGGGUUCUAAAGAGGAAUCGAUAUCUGAGUUUAUCACGAAAAAUAAUGACAGCUUGCCAAGGGCUCAUAUGACAAUGCUGAAACAUCAUCUGGAGAAGAUGUGUGAAAGGGGGGAAAUUGUUAUGACUGAUGUAGGACGGUUUUUGCUUCCUGGUGACAGCGAAAAUUCGAAUGCAAAGGGAAAAGAGAAGAGCAAGAUAAGGGGGAGUUCAUCAAAUACACAUAAGAAGCACCAAGAAAAGGAAAAGGAGCAAGAUCCUCAACAUGUGGUGCAUUUGGAGCAACCAAAAAAAAGAGGUCGUGGGAGGCCUGCUAAGAACAAAGAGGCUGGGGCCCAAAAAGGUGAUGAUACAACUUCAACAUUUGCAACAAAGGAACCAUACGUUAAGCGUGAAAGGGCUCAAGGGUCAGGAAGACGGGGCUGA